AUGGCGAUUGAUGGGGAGCUUCCGGACGAUGUGUUGAAGGAGAUUCUGUCGGGACUUCCGGUGAAAUCCCUCCUUCGAUUCCUUUCGGUCUCCAAAUACUGGUACUCUCUCAUCCUAAACCCUAGCUUCGUUUCCCUCCAUCGCAAUCUCGCCGCAUCCAUUGCCAAAGACACCAACGCCCACUGCCUCCUUGUCAAGCGUUUUCCCCACGACGGCGGCGACAACCUUUUCUGCGGACCUGACUGCAACGAAACUUCUCUCUUCUAUGACAAACUUGUCCUGUCCUUGGUCCCCGUUGAAACCCCGGUUGGCGAUUUAGAUAUAUCAUUCACCGGUCUAAACGUUAAAGAUCUCAACCUCUUGCAUUCUUCCAAUGGCCUGGUCUUGGUCGCCACGCUGUACGAAUCCGAUAUUCGGUCUUUCAAUGAAAUCGAUAGUCCAUUUGAAAAGUACGAUGAGUGUACUGAAGCCGGACAAAGAAUCGUUGAUGAAAAAGUCCUAGUAUAUAACAUGAGUUCGGAUUCUUGGAGAGAAGUCCGCACUGUCAUGCCCAAAGAUGUUGAAUGUAGUUUUUGCCCUUCGUUAAUUGGGGUUUUCUAUUGGUUGGCUUGCGAUUCUAGGUCAGGAACCAGGUCUAUUGUUGCGUUUCGAAUGAGCGAUGAGGUGUUUGAUGGAAUGCAUAUACCUAAGAAGUUGUUAAAAUGCUUGCAAUCUACAACUUAUGUUGACUUUUGCGUAGUGAAUGAUUCUCUUGCCUUGGUUCUUUUACCCAUGUCUGGCGUCCCCGUUAAUGGACAACUUCCGGUCUUGCUUUGA